AAAAAGUAGUUUCAGCAAUGUCGCGACGACGAGUAGGAAUACACGGCCUGCAGCAACAAGCCCGCACAAAUGCCGAAUUCCAAAGAGCGGGAGAGGCACUUGCACACCAACAGCUAGAACAGCUGAAAACGCAGCUGUCAGUGUUCAAAACAAAUCUAGAGGACUUUGCUCGCAAAUACCGAAAAGAUAUCAAGCGUGACCCAAAGUUUCGGAUGCAUUUUCAGCGAAUGUGCACGAAUAUUGGCAUUGACCCACUCGCUUCAAAUAAAGGGUUCUGGUCGGAACUUUUAGGUGUUGGAGACUUCUACUAUGAAUUGGGUGUACAGAUCGCCGAAAUAUGUAUCGCUACGCGUGAACGGAACGGCGGGCUCAUUGAUAUCACUGAUCUUAAGCGCCUUCUGGAGAGACUACGUGGGCGCAAUGCGCAGGAAAUUAGCGAGGACGACAUCGUCCGCAGCAUCAAAAAUCUCAAACCGCUGGGGAAUGGGUUUGAUGUAGUGCAAAUUGGAUCUCGAAAGCUCGUACAAUCCGUCCCAAGAGAGCUGAACGUUGACUUCUCCACUGUACUGAAUUUGGCGCAAGUUGUCGGAUUUACAACUAUUCGGGAAGUCACUUCUAAGCUGAACUGGGAUGCGGAUCGGUCUCAAAGGGUUUUGGACGACUUACUGAAAGACGGUAUAUGUUGGAUUGAUAUGCAAACAGAGCCGGCGGAGUACUGGGUCGCAGGAUUCUUCGCGGAUUCAUGAGAAUGGGUUCCCUGCAAUGUAUAUAUUUAUCUUGUAUACCAUACAGCUAGCUACUACUUGGUCAGCAUUUUCUGGCAUAUUGGAAAGCUUUGAGUCGUACAGAGGGCCAUCUUUCGACAAGUUCUAUUCACUGGACAACAAUUUAAAUGACAUUCAUGUAUGAUGACAAA